CAGAGCCCCCGCAGCAGCAGCAGCGGCAGCAGCAGCAGCAGCAGUAACAGGCUUCCCCCGUCCGAGGACGCGCGGAGGCUCCAGCCAGUGAUGCCACAGCUGCAGCAGGAGAAGCACGCAGAGACUGAGCUGCCCAUCCACCCCUGCCGGAGGACCCUACAGCAACACCUCACCCCCUGACAGAGGAGAGAGAUUCCCCCCCGACCCCCAAACCCCAACCCGACCCCCUCGGCUCUGGUCCCGUCCCGACUCCAGGAUGUCCGACUGCAGCGCAAGUGCCAGCGACCGGCCGAUCAAAUCGGUCCCCUUCCCCCUGGCCCACCGGCUCACCAUGAAGGAGGUUUUUGACGCGGAGGGCCGGCCGCGGGUGGACCUGCUCAAAGCUCACCUCACCAAGGAGGGCCGGCUGGAGGAGGCCGUGGCUCUGCGCAUCAUCGAUGAGGGCGCCGCCAUCCUGCGCCAGGAGCGCACUAUGUUGGAUAUUGAAGCGCCAGUCACGGUGUGCGGAGAUAUCCACGGCCAGUUCUUCGACCUGAUGAAGCUGUUUGAAGUGGGAGGUUCUCCUGCUAACACGCGCUACCUCUUCCUAGGGGACUAUGUGGACAGGGGCUACUUCAGUAUCGAGUGUGUGCUGUACCUUUGGUCACUGAAAAUCCUCUACCCAAAGACGCUCUUUCUUCUCCGGGGAAACCAUGAAUGUAGACAUCUGACAGAAUAUUUUACCUUCAAACAAGAAUGUAAGAUCAAGUACUCAGAGCAGGUGUACGACUCCUGCAUGGAGGCGUUUGAUUGCCUGCCCUUGGCAGCCCUGAUGAACCAGCAGUUCCUGUGCGUGCAUGGCGGGCUCUCGCCAGAAAUCCACACGCUGGAUGACAUCAAGAAGUUGGAUCGGUUCAAGGAGCCCCCGGCGUUCGGGCCCAUGUGCGACCUGUUAUGGGCCGACCCGCUGGAAGACUUUGGCAACGAGAAGACCCAGGAAUACUUCGGUCACAACACAGUGAGAGGAUGCUCCUAUUUUUACAGUUAUCCAGCAGUGUGCGAGUUCUUACAGACCAACAACCUACUGUCAAUCAUCAGAGCACAUGAAGCGCAGGAUGCUGGGUACCGCAUGUACAGGAAGAGUCAGACUACAGGUUUUCCUUCACUCAUCACCAUCUUCUCUGCUCCUAACUACUUGGACGUCUACAACAACAAAGCCGCCGUGUUAAAGUAUGAGAACAACGUGAUGAACAUCCGUCAGUUCAACUGCUCUCCUCACCCCUACUGGCUGCCCAACUUCAUGGACGUGUUCACGUGGUCGCUGCCGUUCGUGGGAGAGAAGGUGACAGAGAUGCUGGUCAAUGUUCUGAGUAUCUGCUCUGACGACGAACUCGUGAACGAUGGAGAGGAGAUCUACGAUGCCAGCGCAGCGGCAGCCAGGAAAGAGGUGAUCAAAAACAAGAUCCGCGCCAUCGGGAAGAUGGCCAAGAUGUUCUCCGUGCUCCGGGAGGAAAGUGAGAACGUGUUGACCCUGAAGGGCCUGACUCCCACCGGCAUGCUGCCCAGCGGCGUGCUGUCUGGGGGCAAGCAGACUCUGCAGAGCGCUACCAUUGAGGCCAUAGAAGCUUUCGAGACAGUUAAGGACACUGAAGCCAUCCGCGGCUUCUCCCCACAGCAUCGGAUCAGCAGUUUCGAGGAGGCCAAAGGUCUGGACCGGAUCAACGAGAGGAUGCCGCCGCGCCGCGACGCCGUCAACAGCGUGGGCCUUUCAAUGGGCCGUAUGAACAUGGGAGAACCCAAUGGGACAGACAGCAACAGCAAUAUACAGUGAUGGACACGAUGCAUCCACAUGCCCUGACCAAUACCUGCAGUUACUAUCAUAUGGUACCAUAUUUAUAGAUACGUGUACAUAGGCUUAUAUACACAAGAGAAGUGCAUCACAAAUAGACACAGUGUUUCAUACACUUAUCGGGCUACAGACAUCUCAACACUUACAUGGCAUCACACACACACAUACACACAUGCACAUAAAGACACACUGUUACCAACUUUACCAUUGCCCUCAGCUGUUAUUUAAAGGCAUGAGCAUACCCGGACUUUAGCACCGAAGGCUGAGUGUCUUUACCCAAGUGAUCAGCCUUCUUCUUGAGAACGACAUCUUCCGUGUACCUGCACAAACGCAGCAAAGGAGCUCCAAAGACACUCCCCGUGCUAAGCCAGAGAAUCUACCGUUCAGUGUGUGUGUUUGGGGGUUACCACCGGGUCAACGGUGUCAGUGGCAUUUGGUUGGUGUGUUGUUUUGGGGCAGGGUGGAUGUGUUCAAGUGCGGGGGUGGAAAUCAGGGCGGACAGCAUCAAAGACAUAAAGUAUCUGCUUUUUUCUUCUGGCGUUUGCAGUCCCGAGACGGGGCGCAAAACCAAAUUUAGGUUGAUUAUAGAGAGUUGUGGACACGCCUUCUUGCAUAUGUGCGUGCACAUGCUUAAGUGUGUAAGUGUACAUGCAGUUAUACUCUUGUGAAAAAGAAAGUUUGAACGUUUUACACAUCAGGAAAUAAUACACGCACACAAAUACACACACAUAUGCAUAUAUAUAUAUAUAUAUAUAUAUAUAUAUAUAUAUAUAUAUAUAUAUAUAUAUAUAUAUAUAUGUAUAUAUAUAUAUAUAUAUAUAUAAUCAGGUUCUUACCAGGUGUUAAAUUAGCAAAAUACAGUUUCAGAUGAGCCACAAUGGAAAGUAAUUUCCAUAAUUUUAUUCUGUAACUGUCUUAAAUCGUUGUGGGGGUAUUUCCUCCCGACUUUCUCUACAAAGUUGCUUCAGUUCAUUGAAACUGACAAAGCUGCUGCUUCUUCCAGUGACCACACAUGCUGAUGAUUAGUUGAUCAACUCCAUUUAAUUAACAGCUCCUCGCUGCUAUGUGUCCUCUUAAUUUCUGCGGAAGCAAUGAGUCUAAACUUUGUUUUUGCACUCAGAACUUCUCAAUUUUUGCCUUAUUUUCUGAUCAAUAGACGAAGAUACGGCUGUGAGAUGUCAUCUGAGGUUGUGUUUACCUCAAUUAAAGACCUGGUAAAGACCAGAUGAUGUUUUACUAUGCCCUGAUGGGACAUUUCAACAUGGAAUUGAAAGAGUCUGUCCUUUCUUUUUCAGUCAUGGGUAUAUUUGAAAAGGUGUCUCUGUUUGCAAGUCUUUUGCCGACUGUCACGCAACAGCGAGAACAUUUUCAAUGCAUGGUGUUGCGGCUAUCUGUCAGCAAGAGAUGUGGAGAGAUUAUCUCAGCUGCAGUCUAAUCUGAGCCCUCGCUAUCCUUUUCUUUUGCUGAGGAGAUUCCUGUUUACUUUUGUAGCAUUACACUGCACACCUCCUCCGCUUGGAGUCAAGUGGAGGAUUUCCCUUCUCCAAAACUCUGGUUCCUGGCAGGCUAGCGCUUGGGAAAAGGCUCGAAACCAGACCUGGAUCGUAUUUGAGGGAGUUUCUGCCUACCUGUUGAGUGUAAAAGAAGAUAUAUUGAAAGAUAUUUUAUUGCACAUUUGACGCGUAUGAUCACAGGAUGCAAGAUGCAGUAUAACAGAAGUAGGAUGCUUUAUUCAUCUGUGAAAGCCAGGGGGAGCAAAAUGUGAAGUCAUGCUCUUCAUUUUCUUUCUACAUCAUCCUUUCUUCUCCUGCUGCUGUCUGAUACGAGACGGCAGCGAUGGCCAACGGUGGAAGUGAUAUUUCACAGAGGUUACAGACUCUUCUAGUGAAGGCAGCAGCCAAGAUAACGAGAAGAAGUUAGAAGAAAAAAGGUCUUUGUAAAGCAUUUAUAUUAAUGCAUCAGUGCAUGCAGAGUUAAGUUCUUUGAUAAUAAUGUGAAGAUUAUAUUUGUGCUCUGUGUUUCACUAUAGUAGGACAUGUUUUCUUGUUUUUCUGGCUAAUAUAAAUGAACUGAGGUAUAAUGAAUCAUUUAUUUUGUACAUAAUGUUAAUUUAAUUUAUUUUUUCUAUUCAUUUUGUGUUAUUUUUUUUCACAUCCUCUUUCUUUUCUCUUUUUCAACAACCUGUGUUUUAUCGGUCUGAUGCUGUACAGAACGACAGUACGCUUCUAUUCAAAGUGUCACGUCCACGUUCUCUCCUCUCUACUUUGUCAAUGUACAGGAGUUGUUUUUAACGAUAAAUAUGAAUAACGAUAAACAAAUAUUAAACUAGCAUUGAUGAAUGACCAUACUAUAUACAAAGGCACAGGCAUUCAGGCAGCCAAAAGCAUGAUUGCAUGGUUAAAAUCUGCGCUGCUCAAAGCUAAAAGGGGCAGACGCGUUUUAACAGAAGAACCAGUGUGUUGCCAUCACAGUUUAAAGGAAACACGUGUACGCUCUCUGAUCUUAAUUCUUGAGGAUUCCUCUUGUUAUUUGAUGAUAUUUAUGAUUCAAUUACUAUUAUGAUUCUAUUUAUUAUGAACAUUAUUCUUAAUAUUUAAACUCUCUCUCUCUGCUGGUUGCUGUUCAUGUUGCGUUGCUCCUUGGUUGAUCUUGUGCUUCUUUGAGAAAGGUGAACCCCUGGGAGACCCUGUGCCAUAGAAAUUGUGCCACGGUUCGUUUGUUCUUUCUUUCUUUCUUUCUUUCUUUCUUUCUUUCUUUCUUUCUUUCUUUCUUUCUUUCUUUCUUUCUUUCUUUCUUUCUUUCUUUCUUUCUUUCUUUCUUUCUUUCUUUCUUUCUCUCUGUCUUUCUGCUCUCUCUGUUUUGACUCCCCAGUCACUAACACUGUAAGCAUGCCCCAUGGGAUGAUCCACUUUUUUACUCUUGAAUAAAAUAUGCAUGAACCUUU